AUGUCGGGUCCCCUGUGCCCGGCUCGGGAGAGGAGGCCAAAUGUUGUGUUGCUUAACAAGCACAAACCAUGGAUUGAAACCACUUACCACGGCAUUGUUACUGAAAAUGACAACACAGUGCUCUUGGACCCUCCGUUAAUAGCACUGGAUAAAGAUUCACCUCUUCGUUUUGCAGUCUUUCCUGAAGACUUGGGUUUAUCUUUUCUCCCUUUAGAGAGUUUUGAGGUGACCGUCACCAAAGAAGGUGAGAUUUGUGGAUUUAGAAUUCACGGUCAAAAUGUCCCCUUUGAAGCGGUGGUGGUGGAUAAAUCAACCGGGGAGGGGAUGAUCCGAUCCAAAGAGAAACUUGACUGCGAACUGCAGAAGGAAUAUACUUUCACCAUCCAGGCCUACGACUGCGGGACAGGACCGGAUCCGACAAAUAUGAAGAAAUCCCACAAAGCCACUGUGCACAUCCAGGUGAACGACGUCAACGAGUACGCCCCGGUUUUUAAAGAGAAAUCCUACAAAGCGACUGCGAUCGAGGGGAAGCGGUACGACAACAUCCUGAAGGUGGAGGCGGUGGACGCCGACUGUUCCCCGCAGUUCAGCCAGAUCUGCAGUUAUGAGAUUGUAACUCCGGAAGUUCCCUUUGCAAUCGACAAAGAUGGUUACAUUAAGAACACCGAGAAGCUCAGCUUCAGCAAGGAGCACCAAUAUAAGCUCACUGUGACGGCCUACGACUGUGGGAAGAAGAGGGCUGCCGAGGACGUGCUGGUGAAGAUUAGCAUUAAACCCACCUGCAAACCAGGCUGGCAGGGCUGGAGCAAAAGAAUGGAAUACGAGCCCGGGACAGGAGCGCUUUCCCUCUUCCCCAACAUCCAUCUGGAGACCUGUGACGAGCCCGUCAGUUCUAUCCAGGCCACAGUCGAGCUGGAGACCAACCACAUCGGAAAAGGCUGUGACCGAGACACUUACUCCGAGAAGUCCCUUCACAGACUCUGCGGGGCUUCUUCUGACACAGCGGAGCUUCUGCCCUCCCCAAGCAACACGGCCAACUGGACAAUAAACCUCCCGACAGACAACGGCCACGACAGUGACCAGGUCUUCGAGUUCAAUGGCACUCAAGCCGUGAAGGUUCCUGACAGCAUCGUCACCAUCAGCAUGAAAGAGCCUUUUGUGAUUUCCGUGUGGAUGAGGCACGGCCCCGGGGCCAAGGAGAAGGAGACCAUCCUCUGCAACUCCGACAAGACAGACAUGAACCGUCACCGUUACUCCCUCUACGUGCACAAUUGCCGGUUGGUCUUCCUCUUCCGCCAGGAUCCCUCCGAGGGACAGAGUUACAAGCCGGCCGAAUUCCACUGGAGGCUGAAUCAGGUUUGUGAUCAGGAAUGGCACCACUACAUCCUCAACGUAGAGUUUCCAGUGGCCACGCUCUACGUCGACGGCGUUUCCUUUGACCCCUUCCCGGUGACCGAGGAUUAUCCGCUUCAUCCUUCCAAAAUAGAAUCGCAGCUCGUAGUUGGAGCUUGCUGGCAAGAAUAUACGGGAAAUGAGAAUGACACCGAAAAAGCGACCGAGAACUCUGCAGGUGGCGACCUCCGGAUGGCCCAGUUCUUCCGAGGCAACCUGGCUGGCUUGAUCAUCCGCUCUGGCAAGCUGGAGAGCAAGAAAGUGAUUGAUUGUCUGUAUACUUGCAAGGAAGGGCUGGACCUGCCAACGACCGAUGGUGCUGGGAAAGGCCUGAAGAUCCACAUGAAUCCAAGCCAGUCAGCCCUCAGCCUAGAAGGGGACGACAUCGAGCGGUUCGACAAAGCCAUGCAACGCAUCUCAUACUUGAACUCGCGUCAGUUCCCCACACCCGGCAUCCGGAGGAUCAAAAUUACCAGCACUGUGAAGUGCGCCGACAACGAAGCCUGCAUCACCAUUCCGUUGGUCGAGGGGUACGUCAUGGUCCUGCAACCCGAGGAACCCAAGAUCAGCCUGAGCGGCAUUAACCACUUCGCCCGUUCGGCUUCGGAGUUUGAGAGUCCCGAGGGAGUGUCUCUCUUCCCCGAACUUCGGAUCAUCAGCACCAUCACCCGGGAGGUCGAACCGGAAGGAGAGGGGGAGGAGGACCCGACGGUCCAAGAAUCCUUGGUGUCAGAAGAAAUCAUGCACAAUCUGGAUACCUGUGAGGUCUCGGUGUUGGGGGAGGAACUGAACCAGGAGCAAGAGAGUUUGGAGGUUGACCUGGUGCGGCUUCAACAGAAAGGGAUGGAAAUGAGCAGCUCUGGCCUUGGCCUCAUCCUCACCGGGGUGGACACCAUGGCUAGCUACGAGGAAGUUCUGCACUUGAUCCGGUACCGUAAUUGGCACGCCGUCUCUCUCUUUGACCGGAAGUUCAAGCUGGUGUGCUCAGAGCUUAACGGACGCUACGUUAGCAACGAAUUUAAGGUGGAAGUGAACGUCAUCCACACAGCUAACCUCAUGGAACACGCCAGCCAUAUUGCCGCCCAGCAGCCCCAGUUUGUCCAACCUGUCCAUCAUUCCUUUGUUGACCUCUCUGGCCACAAUCUCGCUGACCCUCACCCAGGGUUUUCCGUGGUUCCAAGCACCGCCACAGUGGUGAUCGUGGUGUGCGUCAGCUUCCUGGUUUUCAUGAUCAUCCUGGGGGUCUUCCGGAUCCGAGCGGCCCAUCAGCGGACGAUGCGGGAUCAGGACUCCGGGAAGGAGAACGAGAUGGACUGGGACGACUCUGCGUUGACCAUCACGGUUAACCCCAUGGAGACCUACGAGGACCAGCACAGCAGCGAGGAGGAGGAGGAGGAGGAGGAAGAGGAAAGCGAAGAUGGGGGAGAGGAAGACGACAUCACAAGCGCUGAGUCCGAGAGCAGCGAGGAGGAGGAGGGGGGCGAGCAAGAGGAGGACCCCCAGCACGUCAACCGGCAGCAGCAGUUAGAGUGGGAUGACUCGACCCUCCCCUACUGAGCCCCACGCUCCCUGCUCUCGUUGUCGGUUUUCUUUUUGUUUUGCUCUUCUGGUCCAGAGACCUCCAGGACAAACCACUUCCCUUCUUUCCGAGGGUCCCUGGUGCGAGACAGUCGCCUGGGCCUGUCGAGUUGGCCAGUCUCCCUGCCCUGCCCUCCCACCCCUUCGUGUGUCGGGCGUCUCCUCUCCAAAAUCCCUGCCUGUAGAAAUGUAGCUAGUGCCUCUUCUCUUUCGGUUGCCCCCCAGUGAUUGGAUUGUGCUAAUUUUUUUUUAUUUUUUUUUUACUUGCGAGGCAUCGCCUUGUGCUUUCUGCUCCCAGUCAUCUCCCGCCAGGGGCUCAGCCACCCCGGCUGCACCCUUUGCAAACGGUUCCUCGAUAUUCCCACCCUCGUUCAAGUGUAGGUGGCUCUUGAAAGCAGCUGCCUUUUUCUUUCUGGCUUGCAGAGGCUGCUUUAACGAAUUGCAGGGGAGGCGUUUCUUCUCAACACCUCUAAAACGUGCCCAGCUCUAACGCCUCCCCCUCUGGCUUCUCCACAUUAGACUUAACUUUAUGUUAAUAUAUUUUUAUUUUUCGGACUGGGGCCGUGCUCCCCCCUUCGCACCUCUUUUUGUGUGUGGCGAGGGGGCGGAAGCAAGACCGCCGCGCUCGUUCAUUGGCAGAGGGUUAGCCUUUUUAUUUAGCCUUUUUUAAAAAAAAAACAAAAACCUCGGUUUGAUUUUAGCUGAUUCGGUGGCUCAGGUCCUCCCUGCAAAUGUUUGAAACCUCUCUUUUUCUUUCCCUCCUUCCAAACUCUAGUGCAUGUGUACAAUGGCAGAAUGGGGUCAAUAUUUAGAAGAUUAACAGACUUUUUAAUAUUUUGUAAAUACGUUGGAAUUAUGUAAUUAUGUCACUUGUGGUAGUGAAAACAUGGCUGGGGGGGAGGGAGGGGGGGAAGCAACCGUGCUAAGGUUUUAAGAUGACGAUGAUAUUGAUAAUGACGAAUCAUGCAGCGUGACAUAGCAGUAAGUUUUUCUCAGAAUUCCUAGGGCAGAAGCCUGGGACAGCUUUUAAGUAGUGCAGAGAAAGGAACGACGACCAGAGGUGGUGGACUUGACAGCAGUUUCACGUUGGGCCAGGUCUGUCGAUGGGUUCUUCCCUUUUUUAAAAAAAAAUAUAUAUAUCCUUCUUUCCUGGGGAAAAAGAAAUGUGGCCUAACUCUAAAGGGACCUUCCGAAGCCACCUUCAGACCCAGCUCAGUUUGUAUCCUUGCCCGAGAAGGGCCUUGAAGAUGCGUGGCUUAAGUUGCACCAAGGAGCCCGGCUUCCCUUGAAACUUAAUCCUCCCUGGAUUUUACACUACAGUUCUCAGGAGUUGAGCUUAACGAUGCCGGAUCCAGAAGGCCGCGCGGUCCAAGUUCUGCCUCAGCUGCUGCGUGAGGUUUCCUUUCUCGCGCCAUUCCUUAUUUUUAAACACUUCUGUUCAUUCCUGUAGCUCCUGCGACAGUAACUUGAGGCGUGGAUGUCUCUUUCUCCAGCUUAAUUUUUAUUUUUAUUGGGGGGGAAGGGGGUCUGUUUACCCCUAAUGUAUGUGAUUCCUUCCUCCCCUAAAGCCAUAGCAUAAACAUUCCAGAGAGUGAUUCAAGAGAUUGAAAUAGACCUAGCAUUUAAAAAACCUUGCCUGGAUACGUGUUAGAAGGGGACCCACAGAAGCAGAAUGAUUUCCCCAAAGCAGGCUAUACCCUGAUAGCAGCAGGGAAUGCUCAAUUCUCCCUGGGUGGGUAGGGAUCUUCUCCCUGUUAGUUGUAACUUUUUAAAAUUUUGCUUUUAUGGCUUUUCUCUGCUCGCGGCCAACAUGGCAAAGCCCGUUUCCUAUCUUGCACAGAGCACCCCCAUCUUCUCUCCAGGUACGUGGUAGAUCGGCCCAAACUGGCUGCAAAGAUCAGGGUCAAAAGCACAAAAAAUUCAAAAGGGGGGGAGGAGGAGAGGGAUUUCAGCUGCAGAAACGUGGAGGGUGGGGGUUUUUUUGGAGUGAGAGGGAAGAAAGUUGAUGGAGAGAAAAGGAAGGUAAGGGACACAGCUUGUGACAGAAGACGUUUUUUGGGAGAGUAAAGUUCUCGAUUUGGUCCUGGCCAUCCCACUGCAGGCCACCCUGAAAAACAGGGUGCCUGUACAAAUUGGGGGGGCUUGAAUUACCUCACCCCCACAUCCUUGGAGAACCUUUUCAACUGCCAAGCCAGCGGCGUGGGGUUCCUUUUGGGCCAACCUGAUCUCCACAGUGCCUUUGGCAACGGGAGGGCUCUGAAAGCCAAGAGCGUUUUCACUCACCACCCGUCAACUCAUCCCCCCUUGCAAAGAGUAAAAAAGGUUGAUGGAUAAAACAGGCAAGGGAAAAGCUGGUUUUGAAGACUUCCACGUGCGACUUUUCACUGGGAACAACUUCUGUCUGAAUUGUCCUGUGUUUUAUUGUCACCGUGUAGAAAAUCUCUUAGCCUUUUUCCCCCAUUAUAUCGCCUCUGUUUAGCAACUGUAUUUUAGAGACUGUAAACCUAAUCAUGUCCACCCCGCCCCCAUGCUAAUACGGAAAGGCUGUAAUUUUUUUUUUCCUGAUGCAUUUUGUAGCCAUCACAGGUCUAACAUUUCAGAUGUGUAUAUUGGUAAAUAGGUCACGUUUGGAAAAGUCUGAGCUACAAUAAAUUUCUGGUUCUAAAAAAGACAAGACUUGC